UAGCAUGGAUAAAAACAUGAAUGAAAAAGCAGUUAAGGUUUUUGUUCAGACUGACACAGUGACACACUAAAUGUCUAAAUGAGUCAGUGCAGCCUAACCCCAGAGUUGAGCAAGAUGUCUCAUUUAGGAAUUAAAAUGAAAGAUGCUAAAGUCAUGUAAUUAACCCCUGAGCAGGAGUACAUUGAGAAGGAGAGAUGUGAGACAGAAGGUUUAGCAGAAAGGUGGCGAUCUAUGCUGCAGACUAGUCUUUGGUAGCAGUGCCCGUGUGAGUGCCCCCAACACAGAUUAAAUGCAUGUUCAGUCAGUGGACUCAUGAUACUCUCAUCUCCUACGAAACUAACACGGAAAACUAGACGAGUGUUCACUCUGCUCUUUGAGAGAAUCCACAACCAUCUUAGAAGAGGAGUCUCUCCCUUCUACUGGGUCCCUCCUCUUUUUUCCCACAUUGGCUCUAUCGCCUCCCCUCUCUGGCUCCUGAUAGGGCGGACAUGGAAUUAACAGAGGAGAGGAGGAGGAAAGUGAGAGAGGGUGAGAGUCUGGAUCCAGGGAAUGGAAUGAAGGGGAAAUAAAGACUCCCUGCAGGUGUUAGUAGUUGGGCAUUUUGAAGCCUGAAAAUCAUUCACUCCUCAGAACAGGCGUGCGCACUGGCUGUCAGAUCGAACACGUGCUCGCAGUGACAAUUGAGCAGCUGAAGUUUGAGUUGGUUCAGUCAGGUGCAGUUAGAGAGCAGCUUAGUUGAUUUCGUUUUGUUGUUGUUGUGAAGGUUUAAGUGUUUAAGUCAUGGCCCUUCUCACCAAUGGUGAAAAAAGUCUGGGCUCCUAUUACUGCCUGAUCCGACGCAGAUUCAAGAGGAGGCGCAAGAAACGUUCCGAACGCAAAGGUGCAGCGGGGGCUCGGCUGCUCUCAGGACAAAACAAACCCGUCAUCAUGGACGUCGAUGAGGAGGAGAAUAUGAGUUCAAGCAGCACUGACGUUAAGGAAAACAGAAACCUGGAUAACGUGUCCUGCAAAGAUUCGGUGGUUGAACAGCUAUCCAAUGGAAGUGGCUUGAGUGGCCGAAAGCGCCCUCUUGAAGAGGGAAACGGCGGCCAUGCACACACCAAGUUUCGAGCCAAGAAGCGCAAGAAAACACCAGGGCCUGUCUUACCCAAGAAUGCCCUCAUGCAGUUGAAUGAGAUCAAACCAGGCCUGCAGUACAAACUACAGUCUCAGACCGGCCCUGUCCAUGCACCGAUUUUUGUAAUGACUGUGGAAGUCAACGGGCAAAUGUUUGAGGGCAUAGGCCCAACUAAAAAGAAGGCUAAAUUAAAUGCAGCUGAGAAAGCACUGCGUUCCUUUGUUCAAUUCCCCAAUGCAUCUGAGGCACAUCUGGCUAUGGGUCGAACACUGACGGUGAACACAGACUUUACAUCAGACCAAGCCGACUUUCCAGACAUGCUCUUCAAUGGUUUCGAGACACCAGCCACACCUGAAGAGUCCUUCUAUCUCGGCUCGAAUGGCAACAGCUCUUUAAGUUCUCUAGCGGAGUAUCCACUGCCCACAGCCACCUGGCAGCACCUUGCCCAGGCACCGCUGCCCCCUCCAUCAGCCUUUAGCUCACCCUCCAGUGGCAAGAACCCCGUCAUGAUUCUCAAUGAGCUCAGGCCGGGCCUCAAAUAUGACUUCGUGUCAGAGAGCGGUGAGAGUCAUGCCAAGAAUUUUGUGAUGUCAGUCACAGUGGAUGCACAGAUGUUUGAAGGCUCAGGACGCAAUAAGAAGCUGGCUAAAGCCCGGGCAUCACAGGCUGCCCUCUCAGCUCUGUUCAACAUGCAGCUAGACCAGACACCAUCACGGCAGCCCAUACCAAGAGAGGGAUUGCAGCUUCACCUGCCACAGGUAAGUCAUUAAUUUUACAUAUGCAAUGACAUAGUGAAGUAUCUGUCCUGGCUGGAAUCAUUUCCACUCCUGGCUUUUAAGGACAGAAUUUAAGAUACGUUUAGAAAGAAAUGUUGUUGAACCUAUUUUGUGUAUUCAAUGUUUAAUAAAAUCUCUAAAGUUUAUGAGUGCCAAAAUUAAGUGCUCUCAUACAGUAAUGAAUUUAGAGUAAAUAAUUUUUACUGCCAGUGUUCUUUUGACAAGUCUGGGAAUGGACACACAAACAUUUGCAAGUCACUCAAUAUGUCUG